AUGAAGGGCCUUGUUGGCCUUAAGGAGGUUGGUCUUUAUCCCAAGAGCAAUGGGAAUGGAAGAAUUGUGGCCAUCAAGAAGUUCUUAGAAAGUGAUGAUGACAAAAUGGUUAAAAAAAUUGCUAUGCGAGAAAUCAAGUUACUAAAACAACUGAGGCAUGAAAAUCUGGUGAAUCUGUUGGAAGUGUGUAAGAAAAAAGAGCAUUGGUACCUGGUCUUCGAAUUUGUUGACCAUACAAUUCUUGAUGACUUGGAACUCUUUCAAAAUGGACUAGACUACCAACUAGUUCAAAAGUAUUUGUUUCAGAUUAUUAAUGGAAUUGGAUUUUGUCACAGUCACAAUAUCAUACACAGAGAUAUAAAGCCUGAGAAUAUAUUAGUCUUCCAGUCUGGUGUUGUCAAGUUAUGUGAUUUUGGAUUUGCACGGACAUUGGCAGCUCCUGGGGAGGUCUAUACUGAUUAUGUGGCAACGCGAUGGUACAGAGCUCCAGAACUAUUGGUUGGUGAUGUCAAGUAUGGCAAGGCUGUUGAUGUGUGGGCCAUUGGCUGUCUGGUAACGGAAAUGCUCAUGGGGGAGCCCCUCUCCCCUGGAGAUUCUGAUAUUGAUCAGCUAUAUCAUAUUAUGGUGUGUUUAGGUAAUCUAAUUCCAAGACAUCAGGAGCUCUUUUAUAAAAAUCCUGCGUUUGCUGGAGUAAGGUUGCCUGAAAUCAAGGCAGAACCUCUUGAAAGGCGCUAUCCCAAGCUCCCUGAAGUUGUGAUAGAUUUAGCAAAGAAAUGCUUACAUGUUGACCCAGACAAAAGGCCCUUCUGUGCUGAGCUCCUGCACCAUGAUUUCUUUCAUAUGGAUGGAUUUGCUGAGAGGUUUUCUCAGGAACUACAGUUAAAAGUACAGAAAGAUGCCAGAAAUAUUUCUUUAUCUAAAAAAUCCCAAAACAGAAAGAAGGAAAAGGAAAAAGAUGAUUCUUUAGGUGAAGAGAGAAAAACACUUGUGGUACAGGAUACCAAUGCUGAUCCCAAAAUUAAGGAUUCUAAAGUAUUUAAAAUAAAAGGAUCAAAAAUUGAUGGAGAAAAAGUUGAAAAAGUCAGUCGAGCUUCAAAUGCCAGCUGUCUCCAUGACAAUGGGCAGAGCCACAUCAGAACAAUGCCUUCAACAAGCCUCAGAGAUUGCAGCAAUGGCGGUGUGGAUCACACAAGGACUCCAGGCCUGGCAAUUCCCCCACUUAUGCACAAUCUUUCUGCAGCGGCUCCCCGUGUUAAUUCUGGAAUGGGGACUAUCCCAGGAGUUCAGAAUUACAGAGUGGAUGAGAAAACCAAGAAGUAUUGUAUUCCAUUUGUUAAACCAAAUAAACAUUCUCCAUCAGGCAUUUAUAAUAUUAAUGUGACCACAUCAGUCACUAGUGAAAAGAGCCUACUUCAGGCAAAUAAGAAAAGAAGGGAAUACUCAAAGACAGAUGUCCAUUUGCCUGAACUGAACUAUAAUCAUCUCCCUGAACUCAGAGCCUUGGAGGGCAUUGCUCGAAAUUCCAGGCUAAUAAGGAAAGAGAACAAAAAUCUUUCAGAAUCUCGAAUGCCUUCUCUGGCCACUAUUGACCUGCAUGCCCCGUGUAUUGCAUUACAUCAGGUAUCAGGAUCUCCCCUGUCAGAUGAUUCGGAGGCUGAUUUGCCUCGAAUGGAACACCAGCACUGAGUGUCAUUUUGGUUCUGAACUGGAUGCUGCUCUAGCACUUGAGAUGACAUCCUCUUGCAACAAAAGUGCUGAUAUCCUAGAAGGAGAGAUUCGUGGCUCUGAUCAUUUACUUCUGAACUGCCUGCAUUUUCUGAGAAAGGCCUUGCAGAAGAAGGCAAGACCAAGACUUGCAAGUGUUUCAAAGGAAUAUUGAACAAGUGCCCCUCCCCAGCUUUAUCCCAUCACCUUUCAGGUCCACUGAUGCUAUUUCAAGAUAGUGAUAUGGUUCUCGUUACACGAAUGUGUAUUUACUAUUGGUAGAUUGUGUUUUAAAAGUUACCCAAGAUUAAAAGUGAGUAAAAAAAGGGAGAGAGAGAGAGAAACAUUAUAAAAGGUUAUUUAUGCAUUGAACUUUGUGUGUUAUCUGUAUAAAUGUGUACAUUUAUGUAGGAGUGGGUUUGGUGGAAGUAGGUGAUAAAAACUAGGAUCAGUUGAAGAAAAUGAAAAAACAAGAAUCAGUAAGAGAAAAUGUUUCCUUUACCCUAUCUUAACUAUAAAAACACAUUUAAAAAUCUUGCUUGUUUCUAGGCUUUAAGGAGAUGUGUCACUGCUCUCUGUGGAUAGACGUAUGUCUUUGGUUUCUGUGAUUAUUGUUGAUGUUUGAUCAGUGUAUUAUGGGAAUCUGGCCUCUUUGCUGAUCUUCUAAGAACCACACUAAAGCAAAUUUCACAAGGAAACCUUUUAUUUCUAAUGACUUAGCACGACUCUGGCAUUGGAUAGUCCUCUGUUUUGUAAGAUUCUGGUGCUAAUGUUCCUGUGUGCAGAAACAUGAUUGGAACAAGAGCGGUGAAGGAGAAUUCUGUAGGUAUACCUUGGACUUGAGGACUGUGCUUCUCAUUGAAAGAAGAGGUAUACGUACAAAAUUAGAUGGGAAGCAGGAUUACCAAUUGACUAGGACUGAUUACUCUUCUCUGGGCCAACUGCUAUUGACCUCCCCCGCUGAAGAGGCUUGGGGGAGGGGAUGUGCACAGUUAAGGACUUCGCAGCUGUCCACCCAUGGUUUCAAGGUGAUAUUAGAACCCAGAGAUGUUCCUGUCUCCUUGUUCUGUCAACCACUUAGGCCUUCCCACAAGCUUUUCACCAAGGUGCAAAAUCAUUUACCUACCGCCCACACAACUUUUCUAAAGCACUGGGCCACAACUUUUAGGUGGGAGACUUAAACCAAUUUGGCUCCAGGUUUUUGGUUUCUGAGUUUCCAGUCAUGCUCUGCAUUUGUCAUUUUAGAGAAUGGUUAUUAAGGGGACCAGAAUUUGUGUGGGUUUUUUUGCCUUAACCAGUUAACAGUGUGUUGUUUUUUCCAAAAAGCAUUGAUUAGAACUUAGCCCAAGAAUUUAACUAGCACUUUUCUCUAUUACUCUGGGGAGCUUAAUAUUGAAAUUCUGACCUUAGAUACGUGGGCCUCAAGAGAGUAGGACAUUCAGGAGGAGGCAGAAUAAGAGGCUCCAAUGAGGAGGUCUAUAGGUAGCUCAACUAAAGUUUGGCCUUGAUUUUGAGGCUCUACCUUUAACCCCUGACCUGGUAUUUGACUAGAUUGGUAUGGCUAGCACACUGAACAAAAUUAGUGUAUAGGCAUUAAUAGGCGUCACAUUAAAAUAUUAUUAUUUUAUUUUUACUUUGAAAAAUAUUGCCAACAGACUCUACAGCAUGGAAAGCAGACAAUACUUAAAAGCCAAGUGGUUCUCCAGCUUAUUUCAAGGUUGUUUUUAUUUAAAGAUCGGUGUGAAAAUAUCACCUCAAUGUCUGAGAGUUUAGGAUCAGUUACAUUCUCAUUUCUAUAUUUGCUUUUGGUAUCUUUUGUCUACUAAAACAUUUUGUGAACUUUAGAAUUAAAGAAAUAAAAAUUACUAUAAGUCAAAGUUGAACCUUGAGGAUCAUAUCUGGUUAGAAUCUUGGCAGAACUACUUGAAAAAGAAGAUUUUGCAAAUUGGGGCUAUGGAUACUGACCAAAAUAAUCCUUUUUUUCAGUUUAAGGUUACUUUGUCUCUCCUUACAAGGGUACUAUUAAGCCACAUACUAACAGGAAAUAUGUGUAUGUACUGGUGGGGAGAAAUGGGCUUGUUGUGUGUAUGUAUGUUUUAAAAUUAGUAAAUAUUAUAUCUUACUGAUCUCCAUA